GGCGUGUAAAAUAUGCAUUGUGAAGUGAGAUCAAUCUUUCCAUUCGAUAAGAUUGUUCGAAAGAGAUAAAUCUCAGAUAAUAAUGAGACAUAUUUGAUGCACGUAUCGUCAGUUUUGAAAGGUAGCGCUGUCUACCUCACAUUUAUUGCCCUCAGCUGAGAUCUGAAAUGGGGUUGUUCACAAUACUCAUUAUUUUUGUAAUUUUACUACUUUCCCUUCUUUAUUUGAAAGACAAGGAUAAACGUAAACGUGCAGCAGAUGCUGUGGAUCGAUUUGGCGGGGCACCAUGGUAUCCGAUUAUAGGGACAACAUUCAACCAACUCACGACACCAAGAGAAGAACUGUAUCAGUCAAUCUACGAUCGUACAGAGAAAUUCGGCCCUAUUUUCAGAUCUUGGGUAGGAUUUAUACCUCAGAUUCAUUUGACAAGAGCCAGGCAUGCUGAAAUCAUUUUGAGGAGCAGUGUCAACAUUACCAAAGGAAUGAACUAUACAUUCGUCAAGCAUUGGUUAGGUGAUGGAUUGAUCACUGGAACAGGGUCAUAUUGGCAAAGGCAUCGUAAACUUAUAACCCCAACGUUCCACUUCAAAAUCUUAGACUCCUUCCAAGAAGUAUUCUCAGAGAAGGCUCAUCUCUUAUUGGAUGAGCUGAAACCACUAGCUGAUGGAAAAUUCUUCGAUAUAAGUACAUUGGUCACACAUUGUGCUCUAGAUAUCAUCUGUGAGACUGCUAUGGGAGUAGAAAUAAACGCAAUGAAAUGUACAGAUUCUGAAUAUGUCCAAGCUAUAUAUAGAAUCCUUGAAAUAUUCAUCUAUAGAUGGUUCCGACCUUGGCUUCACUCCGAUUUCAUCUUCGCGUUAACGUCAAAAGGCAGGGAACAGAAGAAAGUCCUCGAAAUUCUACACGGCUUCUCCAACAAAGUUAUAGCUGACAGAAAGAAGAUAAUCCAGAAUUCCAAAGGAGUUGAAGAACUGAGUGAAGAAGACAUGCUUCUUGGUAAGAAGAGAAGACUGGCCUUCUUGGAUCUAUUGUUGCAGCAAAACAUGGAGAAGAAUGAAUGGACCGAUACUGAAUUGAGGGAGGAAGUUGACACCUUCAUGUUUGCUGGACACGACACAACGACCUCGUCAGUCCUCUGGAACCUAUUCGUACUAGGAAAUUACCCCGAAAUUCAGGAAAGAGUUUACGAAGAGAUAGAUUCGGUAUUCCAUGGUGAAGAAAGACCAAUAAUGCCUGAGGAUAUUGCAAAAAUGCAGUAUAUGGAGAGAGUAAUGAAAGAGACUUUGAGGAUAUACAGUGUUGUACCAUACAUAAUGAGACGUUUGGAGGAAGACACAGAAAUUGAGGGAACGAUAAUACCAGCCGGUGUUUGCGUGGCCAUCCACAUUACCAACGUCCACAAGGACCCAGAGCAGUUUCCAGAUCCCUUCCGCUUCGAUCCUGAUCGCUUUUUGCCGGAAAACGUUGCCAAGAGGAACCCCUAUGCUCAUAUUCCGUUCAGUGCAGGGCCCAGAAACUGCAUUGGUCAGAAAUUCGCCAUCAGAAACACAAAAACCAUGCUGACGGCAAUCUUGAGAAAGUACAAAAUAAAAUCCAAGCUCAAACCAGAAGAUAUGAAAUUCUACGGGGAUAUAAUCCUUAAGCCACAAGAAGGAAUAUUUAUAUCCCUGGAGCCCAGAAAUUAGUUUUAAGUGUUCAUUUAAUUUAUGGUGUAAUGUUGUCAUACUGGCUGUUAAUAAAUAAUCUAGUCAA